UUGUCCUGAUGUAGCAUCACCCCUUCUCUUCAUUCAACCUAUUCUCCGCUCCCCAAACUGUAAACAUAACAUCUUCUCCUUCUCUAACCAAACAAUGCACAGUCUCUCUUCCUCCUCUGUCUCUCUUCUCCCCCCUCCUAACUCCCUCUUCCCUCUUCUUUUCUGUAAUUGCUUUUUCCCUCCGCUCAUCGGUCACUCCUCUCAAAGUUAACAUUAAUUCGAUCCCAACAAUUCUUCUCCUCAGUCCAUUCCCGCUCGCCUACUUCGGGUCUCUGACUCUCUCUGAUGAUGCCUGGAAAUUGGUUAUCACUAAUGCUCUCUAGCUAGGGGAACCCAUAUAUGCACCGUUUCAGCUUCCACCUCUCCUGCUCUCCACAUAUAGUGUCGCGCCUUCUCUUUUCCAGGAAUCACAUGUCCGCUCGGAUCAUUUUCAACUUUCCAUUAGCUCCACACUCACAAGGAAAGCCCUAGCAACCCGAAUCUCAGCCUCCACGUACGAGAUCUAACCCAACAAAGCUCGAGAUCUGCUUCCUUUCCUACAUGGAUUUGGUUUCGGGAACAACGGAGGCAGUGAUCAGCAACCCCAACACCCCAUCGUCGGCGCCAACGACUCCGAGCCGUUACGAGAACCAAAAGCGUCGUGACUGGAACACUUUCUGCCAGUACCUCAGGAACCACCGUCCCCCACUGUCUCUGUCUAUGUGUAGCGGCGCUCACGUGCUUGAAUUCCUUCGCUACCUAGAUCAGUUUGGCAAGACCAAGAUUCAUAACCCGAGCUGCCCCUUCUUUGGCAUGCCCAAUCCUCCGGCUCCUUGCCCUUGCCCUCUACGGCAGGCCUGGGGAAGCCUUGACGCCCUCAUCGGCCGCCUCCGUGCUGCUUAUGAGGAGCACGGUGGCGCUCCGGAGUCCAACCCCUUCGGUGCUCGAGCCGUCAGACUUUACUUGCGCGAGGUUCGUGACUUCCAGGCCAAGGCUAGGGGAGUUAGCUACGAAAAGAAGAGGAAGAGACCCAAGCCCAAGAUGCUUCCUUCGCCAAGUAACAUUAAUGCUAAUACAGCUACUCCUUUUUAGUGGCGAUCAAUGGAGAAGCAGAAAAUAAACAUCCUUGUAUCUUCCUUAUAUGGUCUCUCUAUCUCUCCUCUCCCCCUCCCCCCCCCCUCCUUCUUCGUGAUCGAUCUGAGUUGCUGGAGUAACUAGCAAGAGCCCAAGUAGCUAGGUUUGCUUGCAAUUUAAAGAUGCCUUUAUGUUUUUCGAGGACGUGUCUUUGAUUUAGAUCGUCGAGAAUUGAGAGGCCCCUUGUACCUUGAAACUGUUAUGAGUUGGUGAAACAGGAAUAGAGGUCGAAUUAUCACAUGGAACUCUCUUCCAAGUAAUCAAUCAUUGUGCAGAAGAGGCGAUAAGUGUUUUGAGAUGAAAUAUCUAGAUAAGUACAUUUGUAGUGUAUCUGUGAGCCAUGUACUUAAUAUGUACUUUAUCUAAUAUAAAUUGCUGCUCUUACUGUGAAUGAUCUUUUAUUUCGCAAUGGAUGAGAUUUA